UUCUCCGCGACGCGUGUCAUCGAAUGUAGAUAUGGCCUCAAAGAGAAUUUACCCUGCAAUUCGAAUAUCUACUGUAAGAAAUGCCCUUCACCCGCAACGACUAUACGGUGGCAUGGAUCUGCGCCUUGCCGCUGGAACUGGCAGCCGCCAAGGCCAUGCUGGACAAGCUUCACCCUCCUCUCCCCCAGCCAGAGACCGACCACAAUGUCUACACAUUGGGGAGGGUUAACAGCUACAAUGUGGUGGUGGCCUGUCUGCCUGGUGGGGUCUACGGGACCAUCUCCGCCACAGCUGUGGUCUCACAUAUCAUCUCCACCUUUCGGAAUAUCCGGUUCGGAUUGAUGGUGGGGAUUGGAGGUGGAGUCCCGAGCCAAAAGGCUGACAUUCGUCUUGGGGACGUGGUGAUCAGCAAGCCAACAGCCACGUCAACUGGUGUGAUCCAAUAUGACUAUGGCAAGACCCUGCGUGACGGACGAUUCCAGCAUACCGGGUCGCUCAAUAAACCUCCCUCGGUGUUGUUGAAGGCCAUGUCCCAAAUGGAGAGUGAUUAUAUGACCGGGAAGAGACUGGUUAACGAAAUCUUGACGGAGGUAUUGCACAACCGGGAGGAAAUGAGAGAGCAAUUUUCGCGACCGCAAGACGACUGGCUAUUUCAACCAACAUACACUCAUGAGGAGAGCCAACACAACUGCUCGGCUUGUGAUCCGACCAAGUUGGUGAAUCGUCCCGAGCGGAGAACCGAUGCCCCUUAUUUUCAUUAUGGCUUGAUUGCUUCCGGAGAUCAGGUCAUGAAAGACGCCAAGUCUCGAGAUGCCAUUGCUCAGGAUCUAGACAUACUCUGCUUUGAGAUGGAGGCUGCUGGGCUCAUGGACGAACUCCGGUCACUUGCUAUUCGAGGAAUCUGUGACUACUGUGAUUCCCACAAACAUAAACAGUGGCAAGGAUAUGCCGCUCUUGCUGCUGCUUCCUAUGCGAAGGCCCUCCUGUCAGUGGUUCCCAUUUACUGGAGCCAGAAGGCAUCCCCUGAACCAAGGGAACCAGUUUGGAUGGUCCCCUUUAGAAAGAACCUGGGGUUUGUGGGUCGGGAAGAAGAAAUCGCCAGAGCUGAAGGAUUGAUCAUGCAACAAGACGGACCUGGCAGAGUUGCUAUCUGCGGACUGGGCGGAGUUGGGAAGACACAGGUGGCACUUGAACUCGCUUACCGUAUGCGAACAGUAGACCCCGAGUGCUCGAUUUUCUGGGUCUCUUGUACCAGCUACGAGAGCGUGGGACAAGCAUACAUGAGCAUCGCCCCAAAGCUAGGAAUGACCGCCAUAAAACCGGCAGAGGCAAAAGAGAAUGUCAAAGCCUAUCUCAGCCAGGGAAAUGCUGGGAAGUGGCUUCUUCUUUCUGAUAACGCAGAUGAUGCGGAGAUGUGGAGCAAGAAUAACACCAAUGCUCCAGGCCAUAUCAUCUUCACCACGUGCAGCCGGAAGAUAGCCGUGAACCUAGCCUCACCUCAUGUGAUUACAAUCUCUGAACCAGACACAGAGACUGCCGUGAAAAUUCUACAGAAUUCACUUGUUGACAGAAUCUCACCUAGUGAUCGCGAUACAGCCACUACUCUACUUGAGCAACUGGCCUUUCUCCCAUUAGCAAUCAUCCAGGCGGCAGCGUACAUUAAUACAAACUACAUUGGCCUCUCUGACUACCUCAUGCUGCUACAGGAGCAGGAACCCGAUGUGAUUGACUUAUUGAGUGAAGACUUUGGGGAUGAAACGCGAUACAAAGACGCCCAGAAUCCCGUGGCUUUAACCUGGUUCAUAUCUUUUCAGCAGAUUCAGCGAUCAAAUCAACUCGCGGUGAACUAUCUGUCAUUUAUGGCCUGCAUCAAUCCUCGCGGCAUUCCACGUUCAUUGCUUCCCCAGCCGAUGUCGAACAAGGAGAAAUUCGAGGCCAUCGGCACCCUCAAAGCGUUCUCCUUUGUUAGCGAAGAGAGUGGGGACCGUUCUCUAAAUUUACACCGACUAGUCCAUCUCGCAACUCGGGACUGGAUGAGAAAGAACCGACAUUUCAGCCUGCAAAUCUUGAAAACUGCAGACCGAUUGAGCGAAGCUUUCCCAAGCAGGGACCACAUCAAUCGGAAAAACCAAGAGAAACAUAUUCACUUGAUUGAGAAUAUCUGGGGAUGUUUGUAUAGCGAUGGCAGAUGGAAAGAAGCAGAAAGGAUGGGGAUGCAGAUGGUAGAGCUCCGCAAGCAAGCACUAGGGCCAGAGCAUCCAUCUAUCAUUACUAGUAUGAACAACCUAGCAUCGACAUACUUGGAACAAGGACGAUGGAAAGAAGCAGAAGAGCUGGAGGUGCAGAUACUACAGCUCAGCAAGCAAGUCUCAGGGCCAGAGCAUCCAACCACCCUUACCAGCAUGAGUAACCUAGCAUCCACAUACCGGAACCAGGGACGAUGGAACGAAGCAGAAGAACUAGAGAAGCAAGAGAUGGCGCUCUGCAAGCAAGUCCUAGGCCCAGAGCAUCCAUCUACACUCAUCAGCAUGAGCAACCUGGCCUCAACAUACUGGAAUCAAGAACAUUGGGAUAAGGCAGAAGAGCCAGGAGAGCGGGUAACAAAGCUCUACAAGCGAGUUCUGGGUCCAGAACAUCCACCGACCCUUACUAGCAUGAGCAACCUGGCCUCAAUAUACCAAGAUCAGGGUCGAUGGAACGAAGCAGAAACGCUAAAGAUACAAGUCUUAGAUCUCCGCAAGCAAGUCCUGGGCCCAGAGCAUCCAGAUACUCUAGUCAGCAUGAACAAUCUAGCCGUCCUAUGGGAACUACAGGGAAAGGCCGAAGACGCCUUAUCUCUGAUGGAAAAUUGCGUAGAGCUCUGCUACAAAUUCUUGGGUCCAGAUCACCCGGAUACCAUCUCCUCGGCAGACAGUCUCAGCGACUGGAGAACAGCACGAAAUUCCCCACCAGCACAACAACCUUAA